AUGUCAAGCGAUUCUGGCCCAGUAGUCUUCAUCACUGGAUGUACUGUUGGUGGUAUUGGUGCCGCUUUAGCUGAAGUUUUCGCAGACCGAGGUUGUACGGUCUACGCGUCUGCACGGUCAGAGAAAUCUAUGGAUGGCCUACAACACCCGAACAUCCGGAAGCUUCUCGUCGAUGUCACUUCGGACGAAUCUGUGAAGAAUGCAGUAGAAGAGAUAUAUGAGCAGGCUGGGAGGUUGGACGUAGCUAUUUCGAAUGCUGGGUUACCCGGGAUAGGUAACGCGCUGUACGAUUGGUUGACCGGUAAUCUUCCAGGACCACUCGUAGAUCUUCCCAUUGAUUACAUUCAAUCAGUGAUAGACACCAAUUUCUUUGGUUUCGCCCGCCUUUGCAAUUACAUCGUACCCCGAAUGGCCAAGUCAAAGACCAAAGGACUUAUCAUUCCCAUUGGCUCAAUUUUAGGUGAAAUCGGAACUCCAUGGACGGGUAUAUAUAACGCGUCAAAGGCAGCACUACAUUCGUAUGCAGAGACCCUUGAGAUGGAGUGUAGGCCAUUGGGUGUAAAAGUCAUGCUCGUUGCUCCAGGAAGUAUCGUUUCAAAUAUUGCAAAUGUCAUUCAAUUCCACGAUCCUCCUCCUGAAUCUCUAUACAAGUCCUUCUCUUCCUCCAUCAGAUUCGUGAUGUUCCAGUCUCAGACAAAGGAAUACGGAGCCAUGCCUACGCGGGAUUUUGCUACUCAACUCACGGACUACAUCGUUACACAAAGCGGGCAACUGGUUGCAAAUCCAGUCAAGUAUGUUUCUAUGGGAGGAUCGACUUGGGUGUACAAAGCCUUGAAGUGGUUGCCGAGACAGUGGUCGUAUGACAUGAUAUGGAAUGGCUUGAGUAAGAAGUAG